CCAUUCUUCGGAUAACAUUCAACAUGGAAAGAUCGAAAUACACCGCAUAUCAAGGUAGAUUUCGAAUGGGCGGUGAAACUAAAUCGUAUCACAUUAGAUUUUCUUGGACUUUGGCCUAAAACUGCACAGAGCCCUCGACAGAAGUUAAUGUGUAAUUUUAGAGUGUUUAUCGUUUUUCUGGGACUGAUAUUUGGUGUUCUGAUUCCUUCUAUACAUUCAUUAAUAAGAAUUUCUGGAGAUAUUAUGCUAAUGAUAGACAAUUUACAAUUUACUUUACCGGCUAUAAGCUGCACGAUAAGGAUCGGAAUUUUUUGGUGGAAAAAGGAAGCUAUCAUACCCAUCAUGAAUAUGAUCGCGGAGGAUUGGGUAAAAUCAAAAAAUGUUCAAGAUCGGAAGAUUAUGAUUAGACAUGCGCAGAAUGCACGCAUUAUUAUUAUUUGUGCCUAUUGCAUAAUGGGAGUAGCAUGCUUCUUUACAAUCAUUCUUCCGACUUUUGGAAUGUCAAUAAGAUCGACCACCAAUGUUACUGAUGCAGGCAAGCCAAUGCCUCUACAAACGUAUUAUAUUUACGAUAUAACAAAAAGACCACAGUACGAAUUAACGUAUAUUAGUCAAGCAAUCGGCAUAGUUCUCGCGAUCAUGUCUUAUUCUGGAAUCGACAAUUUUCUCGGAUUACUAAUCUUCCACAUAUGCGGCCAACUGGAUAUUCUUAAAAAUCGUUUGACAUAUCUGGAUAAAUAUAUCAAUUCUUAUACCAUACUAAAGAGCUGUGUGACAAAGCAUAUUAGUUUACUUAGGGCUAUUGAGAUUGUUGAAGACACGUAUAAUAUAACUCUUUUAGCUUUAUUCGUAUACUUUGCGAUACAUUUGGCUUUCUUCGGUUUCCAGCUUAUCAGUUUGUUCGACGAAGGAAAUGAUUUAUCUCUCGCCAAAUUGAUAUUUUUUGUAUCCAUGAUUUUCGAUAUAUUUGGACACAUGUGUUUAUACUGUGCUCUAGGCGAAUUUUUAGUGGCUAAAUGUGAUGCAUUGUAUUAUGGAGCCUACAGUAAUAAGUGGUAUUCUGUUGAUCCAAAACUUGCACGCGACUUGUUGCAUGUGCUGAUAAGAGGUGCUAAACCGAUUUAUCUCACCGCUGGAAAAAUGUUCCCCAUAACAAUGACCACAUUUUGCAAUUUAAUAAAAACGUCAGUCGGAUAUGUGUCUCUUUUACAUACGACGAGAAGUUAUUAAAAAUGUUUAAUAAAGCUAAACUUUUUCUAAUAAUAUG